UCGACUGUGAGAGGAAAGGAGUUAGUGGUGAUUUCUUGCAAGUUUUAUUGAAACAACACUUGAAGAAAACAGGUAGGCCUUUGUGUGGAUGCAACGCUACAGGCAGAAGGUUUUUUUAUGGUGAUGUGUUUUUGUUACUUUGAGACUAUUAUGAUGAUGAACAAAUUCAAACUUUCAAGUCCAAAGGAAAUCAUCUAAACUUUAUAAACUGUAUUAUUACUUUUUAGUUAUUUUUAUUAGCUUUUCAGAUUAGGAAAUAAACAACGAAAAAUAUUUUUUGUGUGCGUAAGCCCACGUUUAAUAAUAUUUAGGAAGGGAUACUAGAAAUAAUUGUUAGAAAAUAUUUUGCACCUGUUUUUUAAAGCUACAGUCUUUUAAAAGGAAAUACAAUUAAUCGCAGAAGAAAAGACUAUUGCCGAUAUUACAACCGUUUCUCUUGGGUAGAAAAAAAAACAUUGAAUAAUUCGGUAAAAUAGACGGAAACGGCUUAAAUAAAUAGCGCGAUAAUGCAAAACCAAAAUGAACACGGGUUCCCGCACACUUAGAGAGAACGAGAGAACAAAUCUUUUCCUUACACCCGGAGAGAGAACAAAAGAACGCAUUGACCGGUAACAGCGACCCCGAGGAGCCAAGGAUGGAAGAAUGGCACAGGGGCACCACCAGCCCUGAACAGUCGGACCGCCUAUAGUGCCGGCAGCCGAGAGCAUGAGCGAGGGCGUGCGGAGAUGGUGAGUGACCUGCAGGAGAGACAGCACCGGGGGCGGCCAUGGUGACGGUCUAAGGAAAACCAGCAGGGAUGCCCCUGGGGUUCUUCGAGAAGCACCUUCACCGACGCGCCGCCGGUGGUCAUGACGCCCAAACCUCCCGCCAGCAGGACUCCACGCCCUCGAAUUCUAGGAAAGGAUCACGGGCGUGGGUUGAGGACUGCUGUGGCGCCGAGAACGACCUGUACGACGACCCGCCGCCCAUCCCCUCCCGGCUCAACCAUGCCACGCCCAAGCUCAACGACCUGCACCCUCAGCUCGAGCUCCCCGGCGCCAGGAACGCUCGUCCGUCGCUCACCGGCAGCGAGGACCUGCACGAGCUGCUGCAGAGGAAUUCGCAGUCGAUGGGUGGAGUCUUGGUGUUACUCUUGGGUAUCGUCGUGUUGACAUGGACACUGGGGGCGUGUGGGGCAUCGUGGGCGUGGCUGCUAGUGUCCGUGGGCAUCACCUGGGCGGUUGUGAGAGGCAGCUUAGAGAGGGUAGCUGAGGAUGCCAGCAGAUACGUGUCCCUCCGCCUGCACCGCCGUCGGGCCCUGCAGGCAGACGAGACGUGCGAAUGGCUGAACAUCCUCCUGAAUCGGUGGUGGGUCUUCUCCUCGUCGUCCAUCUUCGCCAAAGCUAAGGCUGCCUUGGAUCCCAGGCUCCUCGAGGCCAAACCUGCUUUCCUGGAGACCAUCAGCUUGAAGCAGCUUUCCCUCGGCGACCGCACGCCCGUCAUCCGCAGCGUCCGCGCCUGGGAUGUCAGCACGCCCGGGGUGGAGGGGGUCUCCCGCCGGCCCCUGUGCCCCUCACGCCCUCCUGCGGGACUCGAUCACGCCCCCACGCACACGGUGGCGCUGCUGUGCGACCUCGCCCUCGACUCCGACUCCUUCUCGGCCGUGCUGGCGGCGAGGAUCGGCGGCAAAGGCAUGGGCGUCGACCUGGACGUGGCCGUGGAGAAGCUCGCCGUGCUGGGUCGCGUUAUGGUCACGGCGACGCUAGACAUGGAGGCGCCCUUCCCGCACCUCACGCGCCUCUCCCUGUCCUUCACCGAGAAGCCCCAAGUGUGGUUCAGUGUUCGGAUCCUCAAGGCUGUGCAAAUGAUGGAGGUUCCUGUACUGAAGACGUGGCUGCACUCGCUAGUGAUGGACGCCCUGGCCUCGGCGUGGGUCGACCCCGGACAGCUGGAGAUCAACAUCCACUCGAGCGAAGCUUUCGUCCCCGAGCAGCGAACUGGGGACGCCCUCGCUCAGGGAGUCCUCACCGUUAUAUUGUGGACGCAGAAGGGGUCAUCAGGCCUGGCCGUGGACGAAGACAAGUGGGUGGUGGUCCUCAUAGGCGGGCAGCAGCACGUGACGCCCCCGCUGAACACCCCUCGCUGGCAGGAGGCGUGUAGCUUCCUGGUGGAUUCGUCCCUCAACAACCACAACCUCGUGCUCAAGGUCAAGAGUAAACGGCUUAUUACAACCACCAUAACGCAGUUCGACCUCCCGCUUAGUCAGUACAGCUUGGAUACAAGUAGAGUCGUGGAGACGGUCCUGCACAAAAAGGGCGUCAAAGUGAUGGGGGGGAGUGUCCCGCCCCUCCACCUGCGGCUGCAAUACACGCCCCUCACGGCUGUCAACUUGGACGUGCCCCUCCCGCCCGCCCUCGUCGAGAACCAGGAAGGCGCCGGCGUGUUGUACAUCCUUGUCCACGGGGCUGACAACAUCACUACAUCAGAUUACCUUCCUUCGUGUUACUGUCUUAUCUUCAGUAAUCGUAAGAAGGUGAAGACGACCCACUACGUGUGCGAGUGCGGUUCCCCCCGGUGGGAGUGCGGCGUGGAGGUGCUGGUGCGGGAGGUGUCCAGCGUGACCCUCUCCUUCGCCGUGUGCUCGAUGCCGCGGGGGAGCCAGGACACUGAGCUCCUUGGGUUGACGUCCUUCUCUCUGGCUACGAUGGAGCUGCCCAUCGUUCGCCGCCAGCUGCCUCUGAGCAGGAGUCUCCCCACGCCAGGCUGCGCCGUUUCCUCGGGUCCUUCGCCUGGAACCGUGACCAUCUCAGUCGUGUUCCGUGCCGUGGCUUCCGUCGCCGGUUGCAACAUGUCCUCGGGCGAAAUGCUCUCGGACAAGUACCCUCCGCAGAUCUCCAGGUCUCCGGUACCCCCUUGUUCAUCCCUGUCGGCGCCUCCUCAAAGACGUUCCUCCUUGCCCUCGGUCGACGACGAUGAUCUAGCGACGAAGAAGAGGAAUAACACGCACUGGAUUAGCCACGCUAAACAGCUCCUAGCAACAGGGCGGGACGGAGACGGCGGCACGCAGGACAUCGGGGAUAUCCUAGCCUCGGGUCUUGGUCUCAUGGAACUCACGAUCAUCAGAGCGCGAGACUUGGUGGCCAAAGACCUAAAUGGCUACAGUGACCCUUACUGCGUCGUGAAAAUCAACAGCGAGGUCAAGUACCGCACUCGGGUCAAGAAGAAGACCCUCAACCCCGAGUGGGAGGAAACCCUGAUGACGCAUCUGCCCAGACAUCCAGACAUCCUUGCCAUUACUUUGUGGGAUCACGAUGCUUUUGGAAGAGAUUUCCUCGGUUCUGUUGCUCUGAAGGAGUCGGACGUCCGCGACCUAUCUCACAAAGAUGCCCCGAAGUGGUGCACGCUGGAGGGCACCAAAUCUGGCCAGAUAGAAAUCAGAGUCAAGGUCAUUUCUGAUGAUUAUGAGCACCAGAUAAUACCAUCAACAACAGACACCAGUUUAACCUCUAGUACAGCAGUGGCAGAUGACAUGGAUAGAACUGAUGAAAUGAGCAGAUCAAACAGUGUCAAGGAUGAAGUUGCAGGGGCAUCGUCAGGAGAAGAUUCAGGAGUAUUGUUGCACCAGUCAUCACCUACACAUGAGACCGAGACCCCAAGAUUGCCUCGAAUGGGUUCUCAGAGUGUGUCUUACGUAUCAGGGGAUCAUCCUCUUUUGUCGAAUGGUCGCAGAGCAAGUGAGUCAGCUGUCCUGUUGCCCAAAAGUCACACCAGGGAUGACCAAGACAGUAGCCUUAGUGGUUCCGUCACCCCAUCUACUUCCAGCCCGGUUCGCACAGUUUCAAAGUCGAGGAGAACUGGGGCUAACAUAAUUGCGAGUGCCUUAGCAAUGGCACGCAGCCAUCCUAGACCAGAAACUCCAAAUGGAGAUUCAUCUUCCUCAUCCCACUGUCAAGGUGACAACCCCGUUACUGAAGACCAGAGCUCAGGAACGAAUGGUCUUACGGCAACUUCCAAAUCGCAUGGGAAGCCACUCCCUAAGAUUAGUCUCACAGAGCACAGUGAAGAUGAUUAUGGCGGCAGUAGCCCAGAACAUCACGUCAAGAGCAAGAAGUCAUCGGAUAGUGGUCUAAGGGCCAUGAGGGAGAAGAUGCGUCGAGGCUUCGCCCACCCACUGCGCCGUUUUCGCUCGGAGGCCAAUGUCCGGGAUGCCCCAAACCUUUCAGCUGAGGUCAGCACAAGUGAGUCUUCGGGCUCACAUGCUGACAUGAAUCUCAGUGUGGGCAUAAGUUCAGGGAUGCGAGUAGGUGUUGGCGGCGGUGAAGGUGAUGCCAGCGAACUGCUUGACCUGCCCCUCAGUCAUGCCAAGUCUCAGCCAAACUUACUCCUUCUACCAGGCGAUGCUAACCGAUCUUCGUCGUCUACGAAAGUAGGGGUAACGAACAGUCUGUCACAGCGGCCAGGUGUGUUUCUCAACGUACGGGGUAUAGCAGGGCAGGUACAGGGCCUUCACAUACCUCGCUCUGGCUUGCAGCUGUUCCUGCGUGUCCGUGUGAGCGAAGAGAAAAACGCCAAUAGCAGCAGCAGCAGUAGCAGCAACAAAAUUACUAAGACUGUAGGCCGGUCUCGCCUGGUGCCUGCCUCCCCUUCACCCACCUUUGAUUGUGAAUGGAUUAUAGAAGGUGAAGCUACCAGAAGAGCUAUCUUGGUCUUGGAGAUUCGCACUGGGUCCAGGGAACUUCUUAAUUCAGCAAAUGUUGUUCUUGGAGAUCUUUUCACAGAGCCUGGAGUGGAAGGCAGUGUAGAGACCUGGGUCAACCUGCAAGGGGGAGCGUCGAUCAAUCUCCGUGCCAACCACGGAGGUGAGGCUCCCCCCUCCUCAAGAAGGCGGUCACUGUUUCGCUCCUGGUCGCUGCACAAGCUAGGCAGGAUCUGAGAUGGGAAAAAAAGAAGCCGAGAGUGAUGACGUAUUAUUAAGAGGACACUGGUAUUGAAAUACUCAAAUCAUGGUACAAUAUCAUAGAAGAGAAUGUGGUUGUGAUAAAUUGUGGCACUGCAUUUUGAAACAUGAAAAUGAAAGCAGAUGUAUAUGUACUGUUAAAGUUGAUGAUGUCUUCAGGAAAAUCAAGCAUGAUAUAGAUUAAUAGUAUGAUACUGAUUAGAAUGGUGCUUUAUAUUUGCUCUCAUCAAAUAAUAAUCAUGAAAACAAUUAGGCUGUGCUGCAGAGGAACUUUUAAAUGAGAGAUUUAGUAAACCUCAUUUUGGAACUAAUGUUAACACGCAUUAUGCAGGCAGCAAUAAAUGUGGAAGUGAAUAAAUCUCUAGUAAGGUGAUUUUUCAGACAGAAAUCAGUCAACAGCAGUAUGGAAUUCACACUUUUGAUAUGAUUGUAACAUGUAACUAAGAACAUUUUGCUCGCACAUGCAUUUUAAAAAGGUUCCCAAGUGCAUUUACUCACAAUACAGAAAGAUAAGCGGCAGCUGUUUUAGAUGUGCUCUUAAGAUAACCAGUUAAAAUGAUUGUAAAACUUGAUACAUAUGUGUUGUAUGUACAGAGAGUGAUGGAUACUGCAGCUUGCAUUAUAUGUGUAUAUAAUCAUCCAUAAAAUCUGUGUAUAUGUAAGGCCCAACUUGCAACAAAUCUUGAAAAGAUUUGUGAUUCUGAUAAUUAUCAUCUUCAUGAAUAUUUCUACCACUACCACUGGUACUGUUGAUAUUUCCUUAUUCAAUAUUUCUUCAUUAUACCAUUGUAGUCAUCAUUCUCAGUAGCAUUACCAUUUUUUUUAUCAUUACUGGUAUCAUCAUGGUUUAUCGUGUUGUAUUUUUUUUAAAUUAUCAUGAUAAAUGUAGUUAUAAUGAAUGAUACUUUCUUCAUUACUUACUAUUUAUUCUCUUCAUCUUACAUUUUACUAGCACUAUUCUGUAAAUAUUCAUAAUAGUGGUAUAAGAUACCAAAUGAAUUUUUUUCUAAUCUCUUCAUAAUCUUUUCAUCAGUAAUUCCCUUUCCUGCAUGAAUCCUGAUUACCAUUUCUAUUAGUGUAGAAUUACACAAUGCAAGUUCUCACUUAUCAACUUCUGAAUUAUAAUAUUGAGGAAUUAUGUACAACAUUUUAACACUCAAGAAGCCAAAUUAAUGAAAUUUUACCUGUGAGAAAACUGGUUAUUAGGCUGCACUUGAUUGAAAUAAGAUUAAAACUAUGGAACAAUUUUAGGGAUGAUUUGAUAUAGUUAAGUAAACCUUAUAGUAAAACAAACUCAUGGAAUUUAUAAUACCCAUCAACAUCAUUGUCGACAAGGUUAUAAUUUAAAUAAGAACUGGAAACUAAAUCAUUUAUUUUCAAUGGUUUGAAAAAUGUCCAGUUCUCUCCUUAGAGUAUUCUACUAUCUGUAUGAAUUAUAAUCUUCAUACUUUGAGGAGGUCUUAUUAUUAAUUGUACUUUUGAAAAAUCAAAAAAAUAAAAAAAUGUUAAGAAAGUUGAUUUUAGGGGAGGCAGGUACCUUAUAAUUUCAAAUAAUGUGAAAUCCCAUUCUCUUUACAAAAUCAGCAUAUAAGUGAGCAAAUGUAAAAUAUAUUAUAAUUACAAGAAAAACUAGAAUAUUGUGGGUGAAAAAAAUACUCCAACUAGAUAUAGAUUGACUAAAGUACUUUCAUCUUCCUGAAGUUUAAAGAUAUCUGAAGUUCUUGAUGUAGAUCAUGUAUUCAUUGGUAUUUCAAUUGCCUACUUUUUAUAGGUCAGUUAUCAUUUUCUUAUGAUGUUCAUAUGUAUAUAUCGCCUUCAGACAAAUCAUGAAGAACUGUUUUAAAGUACAUGUUACACACAGCUCUUGUGCCAUUAAACUUUUACUAGAAUAGUGAUAUUUAUCUUAUUUAUUUGAUAGACACUUUUUGACUGCAGUUCCAUUUUUUGCUCUAUUUUACAGUGGUGUCCAUGGAAUGUCCAUAUAGAUAGGGAAUUUUGAGAUUGUGUCAUUCAACUGAUCAUUAUAUAUAGUCAGAAAUAUUUACUGUUCAUGUAGUUAUCUACAGUGACUGUUGCCAUUGCAGUCAUUACAGGCAAUUGUGUCAUUGGUCCAGUAGGGGUUUAUUAGAUUGCAAACAAUUAAUAUUAUUUUUUCUCUCUACACACAAUCAUACAUAUGCCAGUGUGAAAAUACUCUUUGUGACCUUUUGCUGGUCAUUGGGUUUGGUUUAUUUUCCAGCAGAGGAUAGAAAAUGUCAUGGCUGUGGUCCCUUAUUUGAAAGCUCAUACCCAAAGAAAAAGUCAAAGGGAGUACAGGUUUAUUCCAGAUACUGUUUCUUUGCCUUCAGAUUAGAUUUCAUGGUCUCGGUCAUCCUUCAUGACAUAUUCAAUAUUAUUAAGAAUUUAAGGGGGUGGAAUGUUCUCUUUCAAGAAAUGAAAAUAAAAAGCAGAACAUGGGAGAGACUCUUGAUGACCGAGUUAGAGGACCAUUUACACAUGUAUGCACAAUAUUUCAUUUAGUACUAUGAUAAUCCUGACAGUGCUUUCUAUUGAUUAAACUAGUCAGUUAAUGUUAAGUAUAUAUUAGGUUUGAUUUACUAUCUAUUGAUGGUCUAAAACUGAGAUUAAGGUUACCAGUGAUAUAAGUGGUUCUGCCCCAUUUUGGAGGGUGUUUUAGUUAUUAGCAAUAUUCACAUAGCUUUAGAUUGAUAAUUUUAUUUGAUUGAGUUACAGGUUGGUUACAAAGAAAGUUCAUACGAAGACUGGUAAAUGGCAGUCUUGAUAUCAUAAGCUAGUCAGAAGUGAGGUUUGUAGCUAGUUCUUAAGUGGGCUAGUAGCUAGUUAGGAGGAUGAUCAUAUCAGAUUAAUUUGAAUUAUGAAGAGAUAACACCUAUCUGUGUGGUGUUUGUGUAAUAAUAUAAGCUCAUCUCCAAGGGGGGUUUCAUGUAGCAUGUGUGGCAGAAAACUAUUCACAUUUUGUAGGAAAAACCAUGGCAAGAAGUAUCAAAAUUACUACUUAAUAUUUCAUACUUGUGUGGAAGACAUUGGAUAACAUGAGAAUUGAGACCAGCUGGAAGUUUUACUGAAAAGUAAGUUUUAUUUUGUAACAUUCCAUGUUUUUUUUUCAACUCUCAUGUGAGAUAACUGUAUAUGAAGUAAAACAUUUAGUGAUAGAAAAAUACUGAUAGAAGUCUUAAUCAAAAACAUGGGCUUCCCAGUAUUUGUGUAGGUAUAUUUGUUACCAUCUGCUGCCUUUACCAAAAGUGUCUGCUGUCAAAAUGAUCAAUAUGACUCCAAUUUCCAGUUUGAAUAAAUUAAUAGAUAAUUUUUCUUUUCUUUUUUUUACAGACAAGUUCAUGUACUGAUUACAAACAUUUUGUUACUUUGUGAUAAAAUCAUCAUUCCAUUUUCUUUUACAACAAUAAAGUCUGAUAAAAAAAACUAGCACCACAUACUGUUAACUGUUUUAUUAUUGAGAUUUUCAGUUAAUCGCUAUAAAAUAGGAAGAUAACACUUUUUUCAUCUUUUAGCUUGAUAUAAAUUUAUUUCGAAGUAGGUGGUGCUAGAAAGGUUGUUGGUGUAACUUUUAAUUCAUUAGAGUUAUCUUAGUUGCUUCCAUGUUGUGGUUGCUGGUAGAGAAAUGCAGUUUGGUGUGGACAUAGAAUGUGGUUGUUAGGCAUGCUAAUUUGUACCAAUAUAUUGUACCAGAAUUUGAAACGAUUCAGAGGAAUAAGUAAUGGAUAUAGUCAGAUGUAUCCACAGAGUCGUAAAUUAGAAGAAAUAAAACACUAUUAUUGCAUUCCCAGCUGAAAAUUAUGCAUUAUGUGCAAGAACGCCCAUUAAAAGAUAGAAGUAUUUACAGAAGGUUUUGCAGGGAAAUGUGUAGCUUUUUCAUUAGCAUUUAGUAUUAGCUGAAAUAAUAUAUUUUCUAUUAUAUUUAGUAAUUUUGAUACUUGAAUCUAAUAUAGGAAGUCAAUUGUAAGAUUUUGUUUUCAGGUAAAUUACAGUAUAUUCAUUUCAGGCAAAUUCUGCAUGUAAUUCCUGUCAGUUUUGGCAAACUCUUUUCAGGAUUUAGUGGAAAAGAAUCCUUGUUGUUUUAUAGCUGGUCUUACAGAAGAUGGAUAUACCCAUGUGGGAGAAUUGUUAUCACAUCUUGAUAUAUAAAUUAAAUCUGAAAAGCUAC